AAAUGUGAUCUUUACACACGAGUGUUGUAUUUAGUUAUGUCACUAUUAGGUUGUCAAGUUGUGUGAUUGGUAAAUGUUUUGUAAAAAGCUGUAAUGCUACGGUGAUCAAGCUUUCAAAAUUCAUUCACAAUAACUCUUAUGUUCAACAAACGUAUUGGGAUUUAGAACACUCCGCAAGAGCUUUUAGGAGCUGAUCGAGACUUCAGUAGUUACUUGGAGUUGAACGAUGCAAGGUCGGUCGAUACUGGAGUUUAAGAAGCAUUAGGUAAGCCAAUACUGAUCUUUUAACAAUCUGAAUGGAAUUACUUCAAAAUGAUCAGAAGAAACAUCAAGUUCGGGCUUUGCAAGUUGAAAGAAGACGUUUCGAACUCGAAUUAGCUAAUUUUGAUGCCGCCAAACGUUUCAUUGCUGUGGAUAUGCGAAAAGCUCAAACUGAAAUGAAGCGUAGAUUGAAACGUUACAAGGAUCGCCAAAAGGAAAUAGUUGCAACUCGAGUUCCACCAGAAAGAGAAAUUUAUGGACAGUUUAUCACACGACCCACCACCGCAUCCAGUUUUAGGAGUCGACUUACUUCAAGGCCAUGUACAUCCUCUUAUAUUCGCAGAAUGAGUAAAUAUUUAGACACGGAUGAUGACGAGGAACGUGAAAUCGACCCCGCGUUUUUAACGGACAGAACGCGUUCAAAGAUCGAUCUACGCCCCAGCUCAGCGUGGUCUUUCAAAAACAGGCCCGAGGUGAACACUGGCACACUGGAUUAUAGACGCAAUGGAUGUUCUCUUAAAACUCUACGCUUGGGGACCCCAGCUUCCCAGAUACGUUAUUUCGAUGAAGAUGAGUUACGUGAACGUAAUUUGAUUUACUCUCAAAUACUGGAUCAACACAAAAGAAAAGAAAAGGAGCAUUUUGAAAAAAUAGCUUUAAAAGUUUUAGACUUUUGUGAUAAUAAAAAAUCUCCAGCAAAUAAAAAAAUUAAAUGUUGCAGGCGUGUUGGCUGUGUUAUUUCAGUUAAAAAAUCUUCAAUAUUAAAUUCUCGGUUAAAUGAAACGCCUAUUUCUGUGCUUCCUAACCACAAAAAGAGCGUAGUUUUUAAUUCCACUAACCAACUACAUGUAUGUACAUAG